AUGAGCAAUGAUGUGAGAAAUCUAAAGGUUUCACCUGCAAGUCACACUUUGUUUGAAGUGAGGGACAAUUCAUCAUCAUACGUGAUUGAUAUAACUCUACAUACACGUAGUUGUAGAAUGUUUCAAGUGGAUCAACUUCCCUGUCCACGUGCACUGGCAGUAAUAGCAACAUUGAAGCUGAAUGUAUAUGACUUUUGCUUUGUGUAUUACACAAGAGAUGCAUAUCUAAAUACCUACAAAGAGACUGUCUUUCCUAGAAGUUUUGGACGGCCUAUUGAGAAGAGAAACAAGCCAGCAUAUGAAAGAUCACAAGUUGUGAAAUGUGGAAGAUGCGGUGAAUUCGGGCACAAUCGUCGAACAUGCAGGAACUUGGUGCCACUUAACCAGAAUGACAAAAAAUUGAAAAUAAAGAAAGAUCCAAAGAAAUUCAAAUAG